CGCCGCCGCCUGCUACCGCUACCGCUUCGAGAUCGCCUACACCGCGCACCUGCUCAGGCUGCGCAAGCGGGCCCGCCGGAGGCGUCGCGACGCCGGCGUCACAGGCGUCGAUGACUUCCUGUUCGACGCGUUCAUCCUCUACAGCGGCAGCGACCGCCCUUGGGUGGUAGGCACGCUGGUUCCACUACUGGAGAACGGACCACAGCGCUAUCGCAUCUGCCUUCAUGAGCGAGACUUCCAGCUGGGCACCGUCAUUGUCCAGAAUAUCUCCAGCUCCAUGGACCGCAGUCGGCACACCAUCGUCGUCCUCUCGAAGAGCUUCCUGUCCAGCCGGUGGUGCCUGUGGGAGAUGGACUUGGCGAACCACCGUACGCUGGACCCGUCGCAGCGCGAGUUCAUCAUCCUGCUGGAGCUGGAACCGCUGGAACGUUCGGCGCUGCCGCGGCACCUGCGCUUCCUCAUGGACACCCGUACGUACCUGGAGUGGCACCAGGCGGGCGACGUCCAGUACGAGGAGCAGGCGUUUCGCAGACUCAAGAGGGCGCUGGGGCCCAGCUGCUUCACCUGCUCUGACGUCAGCCGCUGCUGACAGAGUCUGUGCCAGGGGUCACCUCACUGCCAGAGCCAUGUGGACUGCAGCGGUUGUGGUCACAAUCAAACUUGCAGCCAGAUCACAGCCGCAUCUAGACUGUAUUCAGCACCCAUGUUAAAUACCAAAUAAUGUUUGCAGUACACCAGUGCCUUUGAACAUUCCUAUAGCCACUAUACCUCCUAAACUAAACCAUCACUCAAUAAACAUGUGCGUUGGGUAUCGUCGCACAAGCCAUAGAAAAAGCAAUUUUGAUCUGUCAGGCAUGAAACACAUCUGUUGUCUUUUUGCAAGGAUAACAUUCUCCAACAGCGAAGGUACUUUGACACGCAGAGACAGCUGUUCAUUUUGUCCAGUUCACUGAAUGGCCAUAAGAGUUUGCCACCAACGAUUUCUGCGUACGCAUUGAUACUAAAUAAAACACAAUGCCUUGCUUCUGUGUUGGCAUCAAGAAUUGCACCUGCCCACACAUAGCUGCAUUGGUGAUUUAUUAUCCCAUUAUGCGUGAAUCCCGCCCCUCACAAAGUGAAACCAAUGUGCGAAAUGUUCAUCUUCAACAUUCUUUAAAUGGUGAGCGAGUUGUUGGGCUCGGGAAGAGAAUAAGAUAGUAACACUGCCUACUGGAAAGGUUUAGAGUGAGGUUACCCCCAAGAGAAAAUAAAAGCACUGAAGCGUGACGGGGUUGUGUGAAAUAACAUAGUCUCUUACUACAAUCAUUGUUAUUUCUAUUAUAGUUUUUAUAAAAUUACUAAUCUGUGAUGUCUAAAUAAUCCUUCCCUGUACAUAAUGUAUUGCUUAAAAUGUAAUUUUCA